AUGACCAAAAACGAUACCACGCCCAAAUUCGCCGUGUCGGAUAUCGUUCUCGGGUGCAAAGUCUGGGUCAACAAAGAAGGUGGCACGCGGCGUGCUGAGAUCCUCCAGCAGCAUGUCAAAAAGGGAAACCAGCGGUUCUACGUCCACUAUCAGGAUUACAACAAAAGAUUGGAUGAAUGGAUUGGCGCAGACCGCAUCGAUUACUCAAAAGAACUAGAGUAUGCUAAGGAGAAGGUGGAGGAGAAGAACUCCACGAAAAGCAGCCUGAAAAAUCUGAAAAAUUCAAAGAGUGCAAGUGCCGCAGGUACUCCCCAGCCAACCACAGCAGAAACGUUGGAGGAUGGAGAAGUUGACUUGGAUAACUUGAAUGUUCAAGGUCUUAAGAGACCGGGUGAGGAGUUGACACGUGAAGACGAGCUCAAAAAGCUCCGAACGGGUGGCUCUAUGACCCAAAACUACAGCGAGGUCUCAAGGGUGAGAAACUUAGAUACAGUUAUUCUAGGCGAGCACAUCAUCGAACCAUGGUAUUUCUCCCCGUAUCCAAUUGAGCUUACGGAGGAGGACACUAUAUAUAUCUGCGACUUUACGCUCUCGUACUUCGGAUCAAGAAAACAGUUCGAAAGACACCGUGCCAAGUGUCUGAUGAAGCAUCCGCCCGGAAAUGAGAUCUAUCGAGACGACGUGGUCAGUUUCUGGGAGAUUGAUGGCCGUAGACAGCGCACGUGGUGCAGAAACCUAUGUCUUUUGUCGAAGUUGUUCCUAGAUCACAAGACCUUGUACUAUGAUGUUGACCCGUUUUUGUUCUACGUCAUGACAAAGCGACUGGCGCAGGGCCAUCAUGUUGUGGGCUAUUUCUCCAAAGAGAAAGAGAGUGCAGAUGGCUACAAUGUUGCAUGUAUCUUGACUCUACCCUGCUACCAAAAGAAGGGAUAUGGUAAGAUGCUAAUCCAAUUUCUGUACAUGCUCUCCAAGGUGGAGAACAAAAACGGUCUGCCCGAAAAACCAUUAUCCGACUUAGGUCUCUUGUCAUACCGUGCAUACUGGACUGAUGUUCUUGUGAAACUUCUUGUGGAAGCUGCAAACCCUCAUCUCUGGAAACAAAACAAUCCGGCCGCAUCGGAUCCCUCUUCGGAUCUGCCACCACCAAAGGCAGGUCUGCUGGAAAUGACCAUCGAAGAUAUCGCCAACACCCUCAACAUGACCACCACCGAUGUAUUACACACCCUUUCAACCCUCCAAAUCACCAAAUAUUAUAGAGGGCUGCACGUUGUGGUUAUCACCGACCAUAUAAUGGCAUUGUAUGAGAAACUCAUCAAAAAGAUCAAGGAUAAGAAGAAGCAUGAGCUCGAUCCAGAGAAACUACAAUGGACGCCGCCCUCUUUUACUGCAAACCAGUUGCGUUUCGGAUGGUGA